AAAACCGGCAACCGGCAAUCCACACGUGUGCGCGCAGAAAUUCUUCCCAAGAACAACCAAACAACCUACCAAACCUGUCUUGACUUCUACUGUGGAAUGGUACACUCAACCCCAUACAUCUCAGACUUCCGCUCCGCUCCGCCAUUCCAACCCAAAAUGCCCACCCCACCCCCACCUCCAAUCAACCACACCUACACCUACAGCUACACGCCCCACUUAACUCCCUACACCCUCCCCCUCCUCACCUUCCUCACCUCCACCACCCACAACCCAAACCAAACCACCCACAUUGUCACCGGCGCCUUGAUCUUCAGCACCCAGCAGAGCCACACACCACGCAGCCCGGAGUUGAAUGAGGGCACGGCUCUCGGCACUGGGGCGCUUAUCUUUCACCCCCAGAGCCAGAACAAAUCCCAGCCCGGGACUGAAACCCAACCCCCCAAAAUCCUCCUGCUCCGCCGCGCCCCUACCGACUCCUUCCCAGGCCACUGGGAAGCCCCGGGCGGAUCAUGCGACGAGACCGACGCAAGUAUCCUCUCCGGCGCGGCCAGGGAGGUUUUCGAGGAGACGGGGUUGAGAGUUUCGCGGUUUGUGGAGUUGGUCGGAGUGGAUGAGUGGACGGUUGUUCGAGGGGGAGGGGUGAAGAGGGUGGUGAAGUUUUCAUUUUUGGUGGAGGUGGAGGCGGAGGAGGGGAAGGGGAAGCUGGAUGGGGCGAUCCGGUUGGAUCCGGCCGAGCAUGAUGCGUUUGUCUGGGCCACGGAGGAGGAGGUUCGACAGGGGGUGGUCGUUGUUUAUGGGAUGAAGAUGGGAGUGAGGUUUGUGGGGAGGCAGAGGGAGAAUUAUCUUCGGGGGUUUGAGGUGGUGAGGUCUUUGUCUAAUUAGUUUUGUAGAAUCAUGUUGAACCUGGAUCUGGUGGUGGUCUUGGGUUCAACUUAUGCUUAGAUACUAGAGUUUGUUUGUAUGGUUCAUGUGUCUCAUGGACAGUGGGUGAGAAAUGCGAUAUACUCGACACAAUUCGACAAGUCUACAAGUCAUGUACAUAGUUUGGGUUGAUA